AUGUCAAAGGUUGGAACAAGAGAAUACGAUCUCAUUUUGAGACCGGACAAGGACUCCGGACACGUUCAAUGGUAUUAUUUCAUGGUGGCGAACGUUCGAAAAAAUGUUUCAUACGUCAUCAAUAUUGUAAAUUUUGUUAAAAACAAAAGUCUGUACAAUCAAGGGCUGAAACCUCUGCUAUACUCCACAAAAGAUGCAGAUAGGAAGAAAAUUGGAUGGAAACGAGCAGGAUCUCGCUGCGUUUACUACUCGCGUGGGAAUAGAUAUACGUUGACGUUCACCAUCGAGUUUGAUCAUGAUCGUGAUGUAUGCUUCCUCGCGCAUUGUUAUCCCUACGUCUACACCGACUUGCAGCUGUUUUUGAGCUCUUUGGAGAAUGAUGUCUCGAGGAAGAAGACCGUCUUGCGUAAGGAGCUGUGUAGAUCAUUAGCCGGCAAUCAAGUAGACCUCUUAAUCAUAUCAGAUGAUCCACAAAACUGGCAAAAGAACUCAAAGCAGAGCAUUUUCUUGACAGCUCGAGUACAUCCGGGUGAAACACAGGCAAGCUGGGCUAUGCAGGGUUGCAUUGAAUUUCUCACCUCAAAUUCGCCCGAAGCGCUUUUCCUCCGACAGAAGUAUAAUUUCUUCGUCGUGCCUAUGUUGAAUCCUGAUGGAGUCAUAAACGGACACUAUCGAUGCUCUCUCGCAGGGCAGGAUCUCAACAGAAUAUGGCAAAAUCCUGAUUUCACAAGGCAUCCCUGUAUAUGGCACACAAAGAAUCUGAUGAAAAAUUUAUUAUCAAAGAAACUCAUCUUUUUUUGCGAUUUCCAUGGUCAUUCCACCAAGAAGAAUGCAUUCAUGUACGGAUGUGAUCCAAACGCAUGUUUCCCCGGAAAAGUUCCUGUUCAUCAGUGGAAGAAUCCAAAUUCUCCCUGCAAUUUCCCCAUGAUCAUGAACGAAAUUUCGACUGCAUUUUCAUUUCAAGACUGUGACUUCAGAAUGCAUAAAAGCAAGCUGACGACAGGGAGGGUUGUAGUCUACAGGGAAUUCGGAAUAACACAGAGCUACACCUUUGAAGUGUCGUUCUUGGGUCACAAGAUCAGUGACAACAUGGUUCACUUCAACAUCACAGACCUGCUUCAGCUCGGUCAACACUUCGGGCUUGCAUUCAUGAAAUUGCUCUGCUCUUGUGAAAGCGGUUAG